AUGCCUAACGAGAUUGCUAUAGAUAUGGGAUACCAUCAAAGCAUUAUCAUUACAGGGCUCGUAUUUGCCUUGUUCCAGAGAUCCCUGAGAUCAAUUCCAGGGUUAUGGCUUCUGUCGUUGGCGCUGGCAGGGGCUCGUGAGAGAAGCCAAGGGAAUCUGAUAGUGCCAAUUGGGUUGCGAACAGGAAUGAUAGCAGCAAGCUUUGUACUACACACUGGUGGAUUCCUCACGUACAACCCGAGUUCACCGGUUUGGACUGCAGGGAAACGUCCGUUACAGCCUUUUAGCGGAGUGGUCGGUCUUGGGGUCGCUUUUGCGCUAGCACUCGUUCUUUAUCCAAGACCUUCUCCAGAAACCAAGAUACAGAAAUCUAAUUAA